AUGGAGGUGUCGCGCCGCCGCCCGGGGCCCCGCGGGGACAGUGCCUUUGAGGAUGAGAGCAUGAAGCUCCGGCAGCUGAAACUGGAUAAUCAGAGAGCGCUGCUGGAGAAGAAGCAGAGGAAGAAGCGCCCGGAGCCACUCGUGGCGCAGCCGAACCCGGAAGCCCGGCCACGUGGGUCAAAGCCGAGGGGAAGCGAGGGGCACGCUCCGCCGGUGGAACCUCACGCCCCGCCCAGCGGUGUCAUCCUGCAUGGCAGUGACGGUCCCGCUGCCUUCCUGAAGCCAGAUGCUCAAGACGUGGAAACCAGACUUCACGUUCUCUCAGUAGGAUCUUCUGCCACAGAGGAGGAUACUGAAGGAAGUGCUGAUGGAGAUAGAACUUGGGACCCUGCUUCCAAGCCAGAUCUUCAGGAGAUUCUCCAGAAACAUGGUAUCUCAGGGAGUUUGAACUUUGAUGAGGAGGAGAGUGAUGGGGAGGAAGGAGAAGGGAAAAAACUAAGAUCUCAUUCGUCAUAUUCAGAGGCAGAGAGACCCAGUUCUGCAUCCAGCCAGAAGCCAACCACAGAUACAGGAGCUUCUGGAACUGCAGCCCAGGGCACUGAUAACCAGCUGGGAGAAACAGAGAAUUUAGAGGGCUUCGCAUACAGUCCUGCCCCUCGAGGUGUCACAGCGAAGUGUCGGAUAACUUGGGAUAAAAAAGGAAUGGAUCGGGGGCUUUUCCCCACCUACUAUAUGCAAGGACGAAAAUCGGAAGGUAGAAAGCGGAAAAAGAGCAAAACAUCCUACUACCUUAUCUCCACUGAUACAACAGAUUUAUCUCGUGAAGGGGAAAGUUAUAUUGGCAAACUCAGGUCCAACCUGAUGGGGACCAAGUUUACAGUUUAGGACCAUGGCGUCAGCCCGGCCAAGGCCCAGGGUCUGGUAGAAAAGGCCUGCAUGCGGCAGGAGCUGGCCGCCGUCUGCUACGUGAGUACAGGUCUGGGAUGGGAAGGACCCAGACGCUGA